CGAGUAGUAAUGCAAGGGGCAUGAUGUAGCAGGGUGACAAAUCCGAGUGCGUCUGGAGUCCAUUUUCGAUCUUGUUUUCAAUCCAUCACCAUCAUCACCAGCAGCCAUCACAAUGGACUUUGACUUGGAAUCCCUCGUGCACCUCGAACAAACUUUUUACGAUUUCGGAUACCAAGACGGCCUCGAGCAUGGACGCAUACAUGGUCUUAUUGAAGGACGGGCGCUAGGGCGAGAGAAAGGAUUCGAGAUGUGGGAAGAGCUCGGAUUCUACGAAGGAUUUGCAAAGACAUGGAGGGCGAUAUAUGUGAAACAAGGCAAGGAAGACAGCCGGGCGGGCAACCAUAUCCGACAUCUCCUGGACCUUAUUAGCCAAUUUCCCAAACAAAACCCAUCCUCAUCGGAUUCCUCAUCUUCUCUUGAUAUUUCCCGACUUUUGCGGCAAAUACGCUCACGGUAUAAGGCGUUGUGUUCUACGCUGGGUGCCGCGGCAUCUCUUCGAGCGGCUGACAGUGCAGAUGACUCUGUGGAGCAGCCGGCUACGAGGAAGCCUUUUGUCUGGCCGUUGGAGGCACCCACACAGCAGGAUCUGAGUUUCUAAAGAUGAUUUCUUCCCAAGUGGUUCCCAAAUGGGCGCUUUUUGGCCAGCUGGAUACGCAUAUGACACUGGGGCCCUGUUACUGAAAAAAUAUCACGGAAAGGGUCUUGAUCGGCCAUUUGCUGGGAU